AAACAGUCCGUCGAUUUCUAGAUGCCCACUCCAUGGGGGCCCAUGUUGCGGAGCAUCCCUGCCUGGGCAGCCAUUUGGACCAUGGCGUUGCAGGGUGGCGUGUUCCUGGCCUUCCUUACGAAGAUCCCUACGUAUCUCAGCACCGUCCUCAAGUUUGAGAUGAAAGAGAAUGGCGUUUUGACAGCGCUGCCCUACUUGCUGUCAUGGUUUCUCAGUUUUCCCUUCGGAUGGUCGUGUGACAAGCUGGUGAGCCGGGGUUACCUUUCACUGACGGCCGCUCGGAAGGUGUACAACUCAAUAUCACACGUCGGCAGUGGGGUAGCCAUCCUCGCGCUGGGCUUCUGCAACGACCCCAACACGUCCGUGGUGCUGCUCAUCUUAAGCAUAGGCGUCAUGUCUGCCUCGUACCCUGGAGUUCAAGCGAACUUCAUGGACCUUUCGCCGAACUAUUCUGGCACAAUUUUCAGUAUAUCCAACUUCCUGUCGGCCGUUUGCGGUGUUUUCGGACCAAUCAUCAUAAGUUUCAUAGUCACUGAAAAGGGCUCAGUAUCCCAGUGGAGAACGGUGUACUGCUUGCUGUCUGCAGUCAUGUUCCUCAGCAACCUAGUCUAUGUAUUUUACGGAAGCGCAGAAGUUCAACCGUGGAAUGACCCGUCAGAUAAUCACAAUAAAAUCAGGGGCACCAAAACGGACGAGGAAAAGGAGGAAGGCGAGAAGUUGGCAUCCAUAACGUGAGAAGAAGGAAAAUCGUGACGGCUGCUCAACAGAAAUGGAUCCGCAUGCAUUUGUGGCUCGACACCCCUUCUACGUGCGAGGGUUGUUCACCUCGAGUUGCACCACAGGUGUGAAAAGAAGAUAAGCAGGACAAAACCGUCAUCCGGGCGGGCCUGAGUGCACUGUUUGGACUUGAUGACUCAGGUGCUGCGCGUAACAGUGACCUUACUUACCCUCUGAAAAAUAGUAGUGGUUUCCAGAAACACUUACGUGAGAAAAGAC